AUGGCCGGGGGAAGGAGGGGGCUGGUGGCGCCUCAGAACACCUUCCUGGAGAACAUCGUGCGGAGGUCUAACGAUACUAAUUUUGUCUUGGGUAAUGCCCAGAUAGUGGAUUGGCCCAUUGUGUACAGCAACGAUGGAUUUUGCAAGCUAUCAGGAUAUCACAGAGCAGAAGUUAUGCAAAAAAGCAGCACCUGCAGUUUUAUGUAUGGAGAGCUGACAGACAAAGAUACAAUUGACAAGGUCCGACAAACAUUUGAGAACUAUGAGAUGAACUCCUUUGAAAUCCUGAUGUACAAGAAGAACAGAACACCUGUCUGGUUCUUUGUGAAAAUCGCUCCAAUCCGAAAUGAGCAGGAUAAAGUGGUUUUAUUUCUUUGCACUUUCAAUGACAUAACGGCUUUCAAGCAGCCCAUUGAGGAUGAUUCAUGUAAAGGUUGGGGAAAGUUUGCUCGCUUGACCCGUGCCCUCACAAGCAGCCGAGGCGUGCUUCAGCAGCUUGCUCCGAGUGUGCAGAAAGGAGAGAAUGUUCACAAGCAUUCACGACUUGCUGAGGUACUGCAGCUGGGCUCUGAAAUCCUCCCACAGUACAAACAAGAAGCACCAAAGACUCCGCCACAUAUCAUUUUGCAUUAUUGUGUUUUCAAGACUACCUGGGACUGGAUCAUCUUGAUUUUAACCUUCUACACCGCUAUUUUGGUCCCUUACAAUGUCUCCUUUAAAACCAAACAGAACAAUGUGGCCUGGCUAGUAGUGGACAGCAUUGUAGAUGUCAUUUUUUUGGUAGACAUUGUGCUUAAUUUCCAUACCACCUUUGUGGGACCAGCAGGAGAGGUGAUCUCUGACCCAAAGCUGAUUCGCAUGAAUUACUUGAAGACCUGGUUUGUGAUCGAUCUGCUCUCAUGCUUGCCGUAUGAUGUCAUCAACGCAUUUGAGAAUGUUGAUGAGGGCAUCAGUAGCCUCUUCAGUUCACUUAAAGUGGUCAGACUACUUCGACUCGGUCGUGUAGCUCGGAAAUUGGACCACUACAUUGAAUAUGGAGCAGCAGUCUUGGUUCUGCUGGUGUGCGUGUUUGGUCUUGCGGCACACUGGCUGGCCUGCAUUUGGUACAGCAUAGGAGACUAUGAAGUUAUUGAUGAGGAUACAAACACGAUCCGAACUGAGAGCUGGCUCUAUCAGCUGGGAAUGUCGAUAGGAACACCUUACCGCUUUAACACAUCAGGCUUUGGAAAAUGGGAAGGCGGUCCAAGCAAGGACUCUGUCUACAUCUCCUCACUGUAUUUUACGAUGACCAGCCUCACCAGUGUUGGUUUUGGUAACAUCGCUCCAACUACAGAUGGGGAGAAGAUCUUUGCUGUUGCUAUGAUGAUGAUUGGCUCCCUUCUGUAUGCAACCAUUUUUGGUAAUGUGACAACCAUAUUUCAGCAAAUGUAUGCUAAUACGAACAGAUACCAUGAAAUGCUGAACAGUGUCCGAGACUUUCUAAAGCUCUACCAGGUCCCUAAAGGAUUGAGUGAACGUGUGAUGGAUUACAUUGUUUCCACCUGGUCAAUGUCCAGAGGAAUAGAUACUGAGAAGGUUUUGCAGAUAUGCCCUAAGGACAUGAGAGCAGACAUCUGUGUGCAUCUGAACCGUAAAGUUUUCAAGGAGCACCCAGCCUUCAGGCUGGCAAGCGAUGGGUGCCUUCGAGCGCUUGCCAUGGAGUUUCAGACAGUGCACUGUGCCCCAGGAGACCUGAUCUACCAUGCUGGCGAGAGCGUCGACAGCCUCUGCUUUGUGGUUUCAGGGUCUUUGGAAGUAAUCCAGGAUGACGAAGUCGUUGCUAUAUUGGGCAAAGGAGAUGUUUUUGGUGAUGUCUUCUGGAAGGAGUCUACCCUUGCCCAGUCCUGUGCUAACGUAAGGGCUUUGACCUACUGUGAUCUUCAUGUGAUUAAGAGAGAUGCCUUGCAGAAAGUGCUGGAGUUCUAUACAGCCUUUUCACAUUCCUUCUCCAGAAAUCUUAUUUUGACUUACAACUUGAGAAAAAGGAUUGUGUUCCGGAAAAUCAGCGACGUGAAACGUGAAGAAGAGGAGAGAAUGAAGAGGAAGAACGAAGCCCCUCUGAUUUUACCGCCAGAUCACCCGGUCCGCCGGCUGUUUCAGCGCUUCAGGCAGCAGAAGGAGGCACGGCUCGCAGCAGAGAGAGGGAGAGAUCCGGAUGACCUGGACGUGGAGAAGGGCAACGUCUUAGGCGAGCACUCCUCGGCCCGCUCGGUGGUCAAAGCCAGCGUGGUGACCGUACGGGAGAGUCCGGCGACCCCCGUGUCAUACCAGUCAGCUUCGACGUCUGGGGCGUCCGACCAGGCGAAGCUGCAGGCCCCGGCGUCGGAGUACGCGGGAUGUAAAGUGUCGGGGGAUUACCCUCGACGGAAAGGCUGGGCCAAAUUCAAAGAUGCCUGUGGGAAAGGUGAAGACUGGAACAAAGUCUCCAAAGCAGAAUCCAUGGAGACUUUACCAGAGAGAACUAAAGCUUCGGGAGAAGCUACCCUGAAGAAGACAGACUCUUGUGACAGUGGCAUCACAAAAAGUGACUUGCGCUUGGAUAAUGUUGGGGAGACACGAAGCCCGCAGGACCGCAGCCCGGUCCUCACCGAGGUCAAGCAUUCCUUUUAUCCUAUUCCAGAACAGACUCUUCAGGCCACCAUGCUGGAAGUGAAACACGAGUUGAAAGAGGACAUCAAGGCUUUAAACACAAAAAUGACCAAUAUAGAAAAACAGCUUGCUGAGAUACUUAGGAUAUUAACCUCAAGAAGAAGCUCCCAGUCACCACAGGAGUUGUUUGAAAUAUCAAGGCCCCAGUCUCCAGAAUCAGAAAAAGACAUGUUUGGAGCUAGCUGA